AUGUGGCCGCUCUCAUCGACACCCUUCCCCGUGCUUUCUCCUAAAGAUGUCGGGACUCCUACGGAUACCGCGAGCGACGCCUCGAAUGUCAAGACCUACGACUACAUCAUUGUUGGAGGUGGUACCGCAGGAUGCGUUCUGGCAUCUCGGCUCAGUGAAGACCGCAACCUAAAGAUUCUACUCAUCGAACGUGGUGCCGCCGAAGACACCUGGACCUCGAAGGUGCCCAUGAUGUCUGCCGACACCUUCCGCGCCGGCGGACCUGCGCGACGUUGGUUCUCACAGCCACUCGUUGAAGCCAAUGACCGAUGCUUGGAAGUCGUGCAUGGCGAAGGGCUUGGUGGCACCUCACUGGUCAAUGGGAUGCUUUACACCCGAGGUGCGCCCGGAGAUUAUGAGCGCUGGGCACAGCAGGGCAACCCAGGUUGGAGCUACAAAGACAUCGAGCACCUCUUCCGCAAGUCCGAGAGGACAUUGAGCCAACCACCCUCGGACUUCCGUGGCAAACAAGGUCCAUGGCAGAAUCAGACGCAUCUCGACAUACCGCAUAGACCAGUUCAACUGCUGGCUCAAGCGACACAGAACAUCGGAUUCCCUGCCGUCCCUGAUCUCAACUCUCCACAUGCUCCAGCAGCAGGCUACGCGACGCUUGACAUCUGCGUAGACGAAAACUCGUACCGGUCAUCGACAUUUCGCGCUUUCCUGCCUCCACACUUAGCUUAUGAGCGCAGAGACCGGCUCAAGGUCUGUACCAAUGCACUGGUCACUCGACUGGAGAUCUCGACGAGUGAUGGCGCUUUGCGGGCCACGGGGGUAUACUUCGAAGCUGUUGACCCACGCUACGCUGACUGCAAAGUACUCGCUCGAGCGUCACGAGAAGUCAUCCUUUGCGGCGGAGCGCUUUCGAAUCCACAGCUUCUUAUGCUCAGCGGGAUCGGUCCACAGCAUCAUCUUGUCGAGAAAGGCAUCCCUGUCGUGAAGGACCUGCCUGGCGUUGGCGCCCAUCUGCAAGAUCAUAUGGGUCUUCCAGUCAUGUGGGAGGUCCCAGUCGAGGAUUCGAUACAACGCUUGAUCGCUAGUCCGAUGUUCGCCAUGAAAGAACUCCUCCGAUACAUCCUCACUGGACGCGGAGCAUUCUCUCAGUCCUUCCUCCAAACCUCUCUCUUCGUGCCCAGCAAGCUGCUCAACGACAGAUCAGAGGUCUCGACCGACAGUGGGCCGGCGCUGGACGCGACCGCGCCAGAAAACGUGCCAGACAUAGAGAUCAUGCCCGUUGCCUACAACUGUAACGAUGUGGAGAUCGAAGGAAAAGGUGUCCUAUCCCUGAUGGCUGCCCUUCUGCAACCCAAAUCCACUGGGCAUGUACGCCUUACGAACCGGAAUCCCCGCGCGCGUCCGGAGGUCGACUUCGGCUAUUUGACUGAUCCAUCCGACUACGAGGUCUUGAGGAAGGCGAUCAAGCUUUGCCUGCGCCUUGGCGAAGAGCUGCGUCGGCUCGGGUACGCGAUGAAGGAUCUAGCAGUGCCCGUGAGCGAGACCGACGCGGACUUGGAUGUCUUCGUGCGCGAACAUCUACGCACAUCCUAUCAUUAUACCAGCACAUGUCGCAUGGGCCCCGCUGGCGACCAAGCCGGGCUUCCCGUCGUGGACGCACAGUUACGCGUGCAUGGCAUCGAAGGCUUGCGCAUCGCUGAUUGCUCAAUCUUUCCUGAUGUCCCCGCAACGCACACUAUGGCGCCGGCUGUUCUUGUAGCGGAGAAAUGCGCCGAACUGAUCGCCUCCACCCGUCUUUGA